GCCCGGUUGCGACGCCGCUUGCUGCCGGGGAAACGGGAGAGUUGAGGGUGUGUGAAAUUGUGCCGGUGUGCGAAAAACUCCCGCCAUUUCGACAAAGAAUUAACAUCUUCGGGACAUUGAUUUACAAAAAAACAACAAAAUUGUUUUUUUUAUUAAAGGAAGAACGAGCAUUCGAAAACUCAAACAACGACCAUCAACUCCGCUGGAGAAGUGAAUACCGAGUGAAUUGUUCUUCGCGCCAGACCUCCUGCUGGACUGUGGCUGUUGCCGCGAAUUUAACUUGCGUUUUGCGUGCAUCCUCUUCAAAGGACCUAGAAGCUGGCAAAAUAGUUUGGAAUACGACCAACAACCUCUUUUUUUGUCCGGGACACUACUUGGGAACAAUAUGACGUCGCUGCUAAAGCAGAGAAGAGACAUUGGAUGACUCAGAAAGAAGUGCAGUGUUUUUGUUUUGCAACGACAUAGCAAACCGGGCUAUUAGCAAGCCCCUAGCUGCUACACGCUUAGCUCCAGGCCUACCGGUGGUUACGGGCGGGCGCUUGGAUACACGCGAGAGUCAUUUUAUUUAACAACAGUCUAUUAGGUGCUUUGCCGUGGGUAUUUCAUUAAACAGUCGAUAUCGCGACCGUUUGUGGAUUUUACAAUGGCGCCGCUUUUGGGCCGGAGACCUUAUCCAUUAGCUAAACCGUUAGCCGAGCCGCCAGGCCCGGGAGAAGAGGUCUACAUCAUCGAGCACACCAAAGAGGCCUUCAGGAACAAAGAAGAGUAUGAGGCCCGCUUGAACAGGUAUGAGGAGCGCAUCUGGACAUGCAAGAGCACCGGAAGCAUUCAGCUUACACAUAAAGAAGCAUGGGAGGAAGAACAAGAAGUCACAGAACUGCUUCAGGAGGAAUAUCCCCACUGGUUUGAGAAGCCCAUCUUGGAGAUGGUUCACCACAACACAGUAUCUUUAGAUAAACUGGUUGAGAUGGCCUGGGUGGAAAUCCUCACAAAGUAUGCUGUUGGCGAAGAGUGUGACUUCAUGGUGGGCCAAGGUAAAAGUUUACGAGUAAAGGUGAUGAAGACUCAUCCCCUCGAACAACCUGAAGGUGAACCUGGGGAGAAGAAACUUGAAGGUGCCUGUGACUCACCAUCCAGUGACAAAGAGAACGCCAGUCAAGAGAACCAGAGGAAGGAACCUCCCAGCAGAGAGGAGGAGAACAGGAGAGAGAAUCUCAGUGAUAGAGCACGACGUUCACCAAGAAAGCUUUCCACUGCCACAAAGGAAGAAAAGAAGAGGUGGGUGAUACCCAAAUUCCUUCCUCAUAAGUAUGACGUGAAGCUGCUCAAUGAGGACAAGGUGAUUAGCGACGUGCCAGCAGACAGUCUUUACAGAACCGAGCGUCCUCCAACCAAAGAGAUCAUCCGCUACUUUAUCAGACACUAUGCUCAGAGGCUGGGCAUGGGAGAGAGUGCGCCCUGGGUUGUUGAAGAUGAAUUGGUGAAAAAGUUUAAUCUCCCCAGUAAAUUUAGCGACUUUCUUCUUGACCCACACAAGUUUUUAGCUGAGAAUCCUUCUGUAAAACGCAAGAGCUUAACGUCUCCGGAGGGUAAACCAAGGAAGAGGCAGAAGACCCUUUGCACAUCGGGAGAGGAAUCAGGAAAUGAUAAAGGAGAGAAGAAAAGGACGAGCAAGAAGGAUGCUCAGGGGACGCCACUUAGUCCCACCAUCUGGGGCCAUGUGCAGAAAAUAAAAAUGAAUGGUUCUCCAUUAAAAGUCAAAAACUCUGGAACGUCUAAGAAAGGAGAAGGUAAAAAAUCUGGCGACAAGAAGGAUGGAAAGAAAACUGGAAACAGCGGUGAUAAGAAUGUUUUUAAAGGGUCUAGAAAAGACACUAAAGCUGGUGCCAAGACAUCGAAGAUGAAGCAGAUGACCCUGCUGCACCUAGCUAAGAGUCCUGCUGCCGGCAGCCCCAGAAAACGGGCCCGCAGCAGCAGCACCGGCACUGCUAAAUUGGGGAAACCAUUGCAUCCAAUGGCUCUCCAUCUUAUUCGCUACUACAAGGAGAACAAGGGCAAAGAAGACAAAAAGAACGUUCUGUCCGCCCUCUUCACUAAAGCUGCAAAAGCCUUGUCCCAAGACGACCGGGGUAGGCUACCCGAUGAGCUGCAGGAGCUGGUGCAAAAACGCUGGGAGAAACUAGAGCAAAAGAAACGCUGGGCAGCUAUGAGUGAAGAGGAAAGACAAGAAGAGAUGAAGAAGAAACGAGAGGAUCUCAAAGAGAAACUACGAGAAAAGGCUAAGGAGAGGCGUGAAAAAGAGAUGCUAGUCCGUCUUGAACAAUCCCGACGAUACGAGGACCAGGAGAUCCUCGGUGGCAAGACCCUGCCGACAUUUAAGCUUGUCGACAUGCCCGAGGGGCUCCCAAACACUCUCUUUGGAGAUGUCGCAAUGGUUGUGGAAUUCCUUCACUGUUAUUCUGGCCUACUGAUGCCAGAUGACAAUUACCCCAUCACAUCUGUGGCCUUGAUGGAAUCGCUGGCUGGAGAACGAGCUGGCUUCCACUACCUAAACCGUGUUCUGGUGGUACUGCUUCAGACGUUGCUGCAGGAUGAGCUGGCUGAGGGCUACAGUGAGCUUGACAUCCCCUUAUCUGAGAUCCCCCUUACACUGCACUCUGUGUCAGAGCUGGCGAGGCUGUGUCUGCGCCCUUAUGAUGCCCAAGGUGAGGAGAGCAACCAGGGAUCCAUGGACCUGGCCUUAAGCGGCUUCGACGAUGUGGUGACCAGCGAGUUCCUGGAGAAGCUCGAAACCGUAGAGGUGUUUGAGCUCAGCCCAGAAGAGAAGGUCAGCCUGCUUGUGGCGCUGUGCCACCGCAUCCUCAUGACCUACUCGGUGGAAGACCAUGUCGACGCCAUGCAGCAGCGGACAGCUGAACUGUGGAAGGAGCGUUUGGCAAUGCUGAAAGAGGUGAACCGCAAGAUGGCCGAGAAGAAGAAGCAAAAAGAGACCGAGGGAAAGGAUGAUAAGAAGAAAAAGGAUGAUCCAAAGAAGGAGAUCAAGAAAGAAGUAAAGAUAGAGCUGGUAGACUUGAUCAGCUCAGUGAAGAGCAGACAGCUGAUGAGCAUACAGGCCAAGAAGGAAAGGGAGGAAAUGGACAAACAGAAUAAAGAACGCAUGGAGGAGGCGGCUGAAGAAGAGCGACUGCGUCGACAGAGAGCUACAGCGGAAAAGACUUUUAAGGAGGGCAUAACCAAGGCCAGGCUUGUUCUCCGCCGAACCCCACUCGGAACAGACAGAAAUCAUAACAGAUACUGGCUUUUCUCCGAUGUUGUUCCUGGGCUGUACAUUGAGAAAGGCUGGGUGCACGAAAACAUAGACUACAACUUCACUCCUCCAACAGAGGAAAAAACAGCCGAUCGUCAGUUGGAUGACGAUGACGAUGGCACUGAUGCGGAUGACGGAAGUAUCAAUGGUGCCAAUAAUUAUGGGGCACAGAACGUGGCACCAACAGAGAUUUGUAUGGAAAAUACGAUUCCGAAGCAAGGACAGAAUCUCUGGUUUAUCUGUGACAGCCCAUCGGAUUUGGAAGAACUGGUGGAAAGUCUUCACCCUCAGGGAGUGAGAGAGAGUGAGCUGAAAGCAAAGAUAGAAAGCAGGUACCAGGACAUCAUGCACUCUAUUAAUUUGACUCACAAGGACAAACCUGGUCUUCGGGUCUCUGAGAGCGACACUGAGCUGCUGAAAUAUCUACGCAGCGAUAUUCAGGAGAUCGCCUCACGCCUCCUCAAGGGAGGCUUGGGCUACUUUGAAGACGAUGCGGACAUUGAGGAUCAGUUGGAGAAUAUGGACAACCUGAAAGAAUUAGGAGAGAGUAUCAUCACUAUUCAGGCAUGUGUGAUCAAGAAAUUCCUGCAAGGAUUCAUGGCCCCCAAGCAGAAAAUGAAGAAAAAGCAAGUGGCGGAAGACAACAAUAAAGCAGAAGAGGUGGAUGAGGAAAAGAAAUUGGCAGAAGAGGCCAAGGUUGCAACAGCGUUAGAGAAGUGGAAGACAGCCAUUGGAGAGGCCCAGACCUUUUCCCGCAUGCAUGUGCUGCUGGGAAUGUUGGAUGCCUGCAUAAAGUGGGACAUGUCUGCAGAGAACGCCCGAUGCAAAGUCUGUCGCAGAAAAGGCGAUGAUGAGAAACUUAUCCUCUGCGACGAAUGUAACAAGGCCUUCCACCUGUUCUGCCUGAGACCCGUGUUGCACCGUAUUCCUGAAGGCGAGUGGUUAUGCCCGGCGUGCCAACCUACGUUGGCCAGACGUGGCACACGCUCGAGGGACUACAAGGAAGAUAGUGAUGAAGAUGAGGAGGACGAGGAGGACUCUGAGGAGGAGGACUCCGAUGAAGAGGACUCUGACGAGGAAGAGUCUGAGUACAAGUCCAUGGGCCAUAGCUUGAGGCCCAGGAAGAAAAGUAAACAGUCUUCAAAAAGUUCCAAAAGUAAAUCCAAAAAGAAGUCCUCAUCCACAAGUCAGAGUCGCAAGCAGAGAACUGGCCCCAGCAGCCCUGCGGACAUCGAUGAACUGGUGCGUCAGACUUCCCAGUCAGGAGUACGCAGACAUGUAAUGGAGAUGGAGAAGUGUGAGGAAAUCCUCAAGAAACUCACAAAGUUCCGUUACAGUUGGCCCUUCAGGGAACCCGUGUCCCCAGAGGAGGCAGAGGACUAUCUAGACAUCAUUUCCCAGCCCAUGGAUUUCCAGACCAUCCAGGGCAAGUUCAGCCAAGGCCUGUAUCGCCACGCCCAGGACUUCAUGGAGGACAUGAAGUUGGUCUUUUCCAACGCGGAGGAGUACAACGAGCAGGGCAGCACCGUGCUCUCCUGUAUGACCAAGACGGAGCAGGCCUUCACGGAGUUGCUCCAGAAACUGCUACCUGGCCUCAGUUACCUCAGACGACGCUCACGGAAACGCGUCGUUCAAGCUCCUGAGUCAUCAGAGGAGGAGGGGGACGAAGAAGAGGAGGAGGACGAGGAAGAAGAAAGAGCCUCGCAGAAAAGAAUUCAGAAUAGCAAAUCAAAUACAAAGAAAAGCAGAAGUAAACGCCAAGGCCAGAACGUUGAAAGCGAGGAGGAGGACGAAGAAGAAGAAGAGGAUGAUGGUCCGAGGAGAAGUAAGAGGACCUCAUCAAAAGCACGUGGGAAGGAGCACAAGGAGCAAGAUAGCGACGGCGAGCGGAACACUCGUAGAACUCGGCAGCAGGGUGCUCGGGCCGACAGGGUCAGCAGUGAUGAAGAGCGACCCAGCCGCCAGCGACAUUCCAAGAGACAGAAACGCUCCUGAAGCCCCAGGCAGCUUUUUUUUUUUUUGCCUUGUCGUCCUUUUCCUCCCAUUUUUGUAUUUGUGAUAAGACACCUUUUCAACAUCAAGCAGGGAAACAAACCUCAGAAGGACCUUUUUCUCCUAUUUCUGUUCAUAUUUUUGGAAAAAAAAAAUCAAGAGAAAAGUGAUUUAUAUUUGUAAUAUGUGUUUUUUUUUCCCUCUUCACUGAGAGGUCCUCACAGCUCUUAGACACAAACCAGCUUUGUACGUGUUUCUCUGUACUGCUGGGAUCUAAUCCGUAGCAUGGAAGUGCACACGGAGUCUCGGCAUCACUUUUCCCGGGCUUUUUCCCCAAAUACUUUCCACUCCAUGGACCGUUUUUCAUGGACUAAAAAGACCGUGUAGCUUAGACACCCAAUGCACACCAUAAACACUUUUAGAUAAUGUACAAUAUGAACAAUGUUGUGUCGGGGGGGAGGUCUGUCCCUUCAAAUACAACGAAACUCCCAAAACGUCUUUUUACUUUACUGCCCUAAUUUUCAACUAGCAACCUGACUAAAAGUGUCAAUUUUUGUCUGAAAACAUCCCGGUACCUCAAGGUUGGUGUGCACUAUUUUGUGAACAAUGUAUUUAAAAAAAAAAAAAAAAAAAAAGGUGAAAAAUGUACCAAACAUGCCAGCAUCUGCAGGACCACUUUGCUGAAGUAAUGUGCAUAAACAUUUGUAAAACAGUGUUUAAAAACAACAGAUGUUUGUUAUCAAAAGGAUAUUUUUGAAUAGUUUAUAUUUUUUGCACAUUUUUAUUUGGUUUUGUAAAAUGACUCAUAAAUGAUGUCGACAUUGUUUAAAAUCAGGGCUCUCCUAUUUGUGCAGAGAACAUGUAAAAAAACAAAAAAAACAAAACUAUCAUCAUAGUAGAAAUAGUCCAUUUAGUCACGUGCAUUUUUGUAAGGAACACCUCAGUGAAUGAUUAACAAUUAAAAAAGUGCUAUGUGAUUUUAGAAUGGCUCACGUGCUAUGUCCUUUCUGGGCCGCCAGAUGGCGCCCUUCCCUUGUUUUUUUUUU